AAGAGAUCGUCAGCCAAAUAGAGUCAACCAUCUACCGACUCCCAUCAGAACAAGCAGAUAACAUCCGCAGACGAGUAACCAAUAUCCUCUCCAAAGCCAAACCCCCUCCACCAAAUAUCACUAGACAAGAGCGAUUGGCCCUCCAAGACCUGAACAGGGACACAGACAUCAUCGUGCUUCCAGCCGACAAAGGCAACACAACAGUAGUCAUAAAUACAUCAGACUACAAGAAAAAGAUGAAGAACCUUCUCUCGGACAAAGCAUACAAAAAGCUUGAUAAAGAUCCGACUAAUACAAUCGCACAAAAAACCAAGAUCCUGGUGGAGGAAAGCAACAUUCCCAGCAAAAUCAAAACGACAUUAAAACCUACAAACCCGCUCCCACCAAGACUGUACGGACUACCAAAAGUACACAAACCGGACAUCCCCUUCAGACCGAUUGUAACCGAGGGCUCGAAAGGGCACUCGGCGGGAACUGCUGCGAUCGCGCCGCAAGUACAGGCCUGCAAGGGCUCGGAAAGCGAGGUGGUCGCAGGAGAGGUAGAAAUGGCUCCUGUUUUGGAACGGGCCCCUUCGGGCUCGGAAAGAAACGGGAGUGAUGCGGGUGAUGCGCGGGCACCUCAUAAGAGGAACCGUAGCGGGGCCCAGAAGAGAAGGGCAAAGAGGAACAAGGAGAAGGCUCCUGAAGGGCAAGCUCCGGGGGCCUUCAAUAACACCCCACAUGAAGUUGUAUGUGCUGAGGCGGCAAGGCUGGGCGUUCCGGUGAAACUGGUGAAGUGGAUCCAAGGAAUGCUUGGACGUCAAGUAACGCCAUCACUAGGAACGGUGAGUGUUGAAGGAUGGGUGGAGAGGGGUUGCCCCCAAGGGGGGGUCCUCUCGCCACUCCUAUGGUGCUUGGUAGCGGACAGGCUGCUUGAAGAGCUUAAUGAUAAGGGCUUCAAGGCUAUCGGAUAUGCUGAUGAUUUGGCGAUCCUGAUAGGAGACCCUUUCCUGGAAACGCUCCUUGAGCUCACACAAGGGGCUCUGGGGAUAGUGGAAGAAUGGUGUAAGAGGACGGGUCUAUCGGUUAAUCCGAUUAAGACAAGUCUGGUAAUCUUCACCCACAAAUAUAAAAUGGGCUCCGUAGAGGGGCCUGUUUUAGAAGGGGUCAGACUGACUCCUGAGACGUCAGUCAAGUAUCUAGGAGUUAUCUUGGAUAAAAGACUGAAUUGGAAGUUGCACCUAGAGGCGGUGUGUAGGAAGGCUUGCACUUAUUUCUGGAUGUGCAGAAGAACCUUUGGGCAAACCUGGGGACUUCAGCCGGACAGGGUGCUUUGGCUAUACACGGCUGUGCUCCGGCCUAGACUGCUCUAUGCUGCUGUGGUAUGGUGGCCAAGAACACAGCUGGCGGAGGCUCGAGCAAUGCUGGAACGCGUCAGGGCUCUUAUUUUAAGAGGGGCUCUGGGAGCAAUGAGAACAACGCCUGUGGCAGCAAUGGGAGUGCUGCUCGGCAUCGAACUACUCCACCUUGCGAUAGUGGCGGCAGCAGUGGCCACGACGUAUAGGUUGAAGUGUGAAGGCAAGUGGACGAUCGGGGUGGGCCACACCCGGCUACCACGGGAUAUCCAGAUGGAAACCGUGUUGGAUAUGAGGCAGGAUAGGAUGCCGAGAAAACGCGACUUUGAUAGAUCUUUCAAGAUCUAUCUUCCUAGUCGUGAGGAGUGGGAGAGGCACGAGGUGCUCGUUAUCAGGAAUGGGGACGUCUGGUACACGGAUGGCUCCAAAACUGACGGGGGCGCCGGGGCCGGGGUCUUUGGAAGCCGUGGGGGCUUUAAGGAGGCUCUCUCCCUCGGAGAGUUCACCACGGUCUUUCAAGCGGAGGUGGUGGCAAUCAUGAGCUGUGCGCAACUGCUGAUUGCAUCUGGGCGGAUGGGCAGGCGUAUUAGGAUCUGCUCAGACAGCAGAGCGGCUCUAGGGGCGCUGGGGGCGUGCGCCUUUGACUCGCGGCUGGUAUGGGAGGAUGCAUUGAACAGGCUAGCCGCGGGCAAUGACGUUGCUCUCGUGUGGGUCCCGGGGCACGCGGGAAUCGAGGGAAACGAGGGCGCUGAUGAGCUGGCAAGGAGCGGCUCUUCAGUUAGAUUAGUGGGGCCGGAACCGGCCCUUGGACUGCCAGGCUGCAGGGCCAAGGCGAGAAUAAGGGACUGGUUGCGCGACCGCCAUAUGAACUAUUGGAAGGAAGAAACAAGGACCAAAUGUCGGCAGGCAAGGGCCCUGUUGGGGGAAGUGCCCAGUAGGGACCUUGCUAAGAACAUUAGGGCCUUAAGAAGAGGAGAAGCCAGGCUAGUGGUGCAGAUCUACACGGGCCAUGGCUUCACCAACUAUCAUUUGCACAAGCUGGGGCUUAGCGGCGACCCGAAGUGCAAAAAGUGUGGACAUGAGGAAGAGACUACUCUCCACGUGUUGUGCGAAUGUCAAGCGUAUGCUGGAUACAGGCGGCUUCUACUGGGCUCGAUAUUCCUCGAGCCCGAGCAGGUAUGCCAACUUCAGGUCAGGGAUCUCCUUCGCUUCUGGAGGAAGACUGGUUUGAGCUGA